UCAAAAGCUACCAAGUUGACAUAAUUAUCAAUCAUCCUUUGCUUUUCCUGGAAGAUUAGACAAUCAGAGUAAAUUACGAACAGAAAUCCAUGAAAACGUUCCCGUUCAAAGAGAAAAAGGAAUCCCUCGCUGUAUAUCGAUAAGGUAUCCUUUUCUAGCUUCUUAUUCACACCACAUCCCAUAUAAGGAGCUUCGGGUUCUUCUUCCUCAAACCUCGAUUAUAGUUUAACCAAAAACAUGUCUCUAAGCCAUCAUCGACAUGAUGCUGAUUUCGGACGACGAAUUUGUUGGGAAUCAGGCCCUGAAAAUGGACCUUGGAUCACUCUCAGUUUCAUUGAACCACCGGACCAGCAGCCAAGUAAUGCAGGCACUGAAGAGUUAACCGCCGAACCAGCCACAUCAGCCAUCGAAGCAUUGCGGACGGUGAACAUCACUGAAAACCAUGUAGCCAACACCACGCAUUGCCCUGUUUGCAGAGAUGAGUUCGAGGUCGGUGGAGAAGCAAUAAAGCUACCUUGCACGCAUUUGUACCACUCGGAUUGCAUCAUGUCGUGUUUGAACAUUAAAACCACAUGUCGUUUCAAGAUCAAUGGGGAUUCUAAUAACACUGCCGGUAAUGACGCCUACGAAACUAGUGAGAUGAAUCAUCGGGACAUUGGUCUUGGUGUUGAAGAUCUGGCAAAUGGCUUAACUUGGUUGCAGACAUGGUUGCUCUAUUCUAGGCAUCUUCGCAUAUUCUCUCAUUGGACAUGCAGUUAUCUCGACUCUCUCGAUAGCAUGAUCAGUGGCCAUAAUUUUUCUCAAGAGGCUAUGUUAUCUUCCCUGCAGCUAGCUCCUGGUGGCCCUCUUGGUUCAUUCUAUAGGUUCCCUAUAUAUCAGCCACCUGCAUUUGGAACCGGUUUCUGCAAACUUUUCAAACUAAGGUAA